AUGCGACAACGCCGGGUUAAAAGUGAUUAUAAACCAUGGCUUACAAACCAAAUUAAGAAAUUAUCCUACCAGAGAGAUUUCCUUAAAAAACAAGCUGUUAAAUUUAGAUCUGCAGCAUAUGAUGCUGCUUAUAAAAGGCAUAAGAAUUAUGUUAACAAACUAAUAAAAACCACUAAGGAAGACUACUUUAAAACCAAGCUUGGUAAUGCAAAAAACAGUUAUGACAGUUGGCAGGCAAUUAACAGCUUGCUAAAUAAAAGAUCUAAGACUACAGAAAUUCCUGAGUUACAAAUUGAAAAUCGAUCUGUCAAAGGAAAUGAAAAUAUUGCUUCUUGCUUCAAUGAUUAUUUUUCUACAAUAGGAUCAAAACUUGCUAGUAAUGUGACCGGUAUAGAUUCCGAUCCAUUGCGCUUCGUACCACCUGUUGCGAAUACAUUUUACUUUCAAAAUAUUAGUGCUCUAGAAUUGACGAAAACAAUAGCUCAAAUUAAGAUAAAAAAAUCACCUGGGAUUGACGGCAUAAGUGCCAAGCUAUUGAAAGACGCUGGAGAUACAAUAAACUUUAGUGAGUCAUUGGUUAGCAUUUUCAACUUAUCAUUGCAAUCUGGAAUGUUUCCUGACGACUGGAAAUUAGCUAGGGUAACGCCAAUUUAUAAGGAUGGCUCGAAAACAGAAUGUGGCAAUUAUCGACCAAUUUCUGUAAUAUCUAUUGUUGCCAAAAUAUUCGAAAAACUAGUAUGUAGUCAAUUAAGAUACUUUAUGAAGGAAAAUGACAUCAUUAUAGACGAUCAGUCUGGGUUCCGUCAGUAUCACUCUACUGAAACGACACUAUUAGAUUCAACAAGUGAAUGGCUUGGCAACAUGGAUAAAGGUCUAAUUAACGAGGUAUUGUUCCUGGAUCUAAAAAAGGCAUUCGCCACGGUUAAUCACAAAAUAUUACUUUCUAAGUUAGAGCUGUAUGGAAUAAGAGGGCACAGUUUAGAUUGGUUCAGAUCUUAUUUUACGAAUAGAAAACAGGUCUGUGCAAUUAAUGGUAACUUUCUGAUGAGAAAGAAAUUUACUGCGGGGUCCCACAGGGAUCAAAUCUUCGCCCCUUCUUGUUCCUUUUGUACAUUAAUUAUUUGCCUAACUGCCUUGAAACAACUAAGGCUAGAUUAUUUGCUGACGAUACAACUCUUUCAGCAACAGGAUCAACCGUAGAUGAAAUUGAAACAAAACUAAAUCAUGACCUUGUAAAUGUGGAUCAAUGGCUUGUUGCAAACAAACUAACCUUAAAUGAGGGCAAAUUAAAACGGAAUUUAUAA